GCGUGAUCGUAGUGCCGCUUGGGUUUCUCACAGAUUAAUCUCCGCGUUCGAGAGUUAAGUAUUUCAUUUGUCGAAUGUGACAAAUACAAUGUAUGUAGUAAGUCUUAAUUGAGAUACGUAAUGAAAUAUGUAAUACUAAUUGCUGCUUCUAAUUGGAUUAUAGCUUACUCUAAUUGUUAUCAAAAGACCAUUGUCGUUUACGCUGCGCAAUCGCUGCAAUUGUAAAAAAAUAAUUCGUAAUGUCGUUCGAGCGUCUUUUAUUUCUGUGAAUAAAUAUCUUUCUGUAAAUAAAUAUUGGACAAAGUAUUGCGAUAGUUUUCUCUGCGAAAUUCUUCGAGAAGAAUAGCCGCAUUUAGUAUUCGCAUUUUCAAUUAGUGACGGGCGCCUUUCGGUAGAUGGCGUCAUCAUGCCGAACGAAUGUUCGAUCAGCUGAUAUCGCGCGCAUCGUGUUGAGAGUCCGUACGCGAGUUGUGCGUAAUUUUGUUAAACGUAAUUUUGUUAUUUCGUUGUUGCGUCCAUCGAUCGAUCCGCGAUCGGUUGGACGCGUAAAAGUCGUGCGCGUAGCCGCGUCCUUUAACUCUUGAACGCGAGUGCAGCGAUAAGACAACACGGGACGAGGCGCGACAGGCCUGCGGAUUUGCGGCGCUGCGAGGUUAUGUGCGACAAGUGAUCGCGAGCGUUUCCCUCGUCUACAGGAACGCGACGAAGAUCAACGGACUACUGAAUCGACCCUCCAACGUCUGUGAGGUGUCUGUGAGAUAUCGUCGUCGAGGAUACAAAUAUGGCGGAUUAUUGGAAGUCCCAAGGCCGCAAGUUCUGCGACUUCUGCAAGUGCUGGAUCGCCGAUAAUAAACCGAGUAUUGACUUCCACGAGGGCGGCAAGAAGCACAAGGAAAAUGUCAGCAAGCGGCUCAAGGAGAUCCACAAGAAUAGCGCCAAACAGGCGAAACAGAAUAAAAAAUUCGAGGAUGACAUCAAGAAGAUGGAAAAUGCGGCUAUGGCUGCGUACUUGAAGGAUGUUGAGAAUAACACGCGAGAUAUGACUGCUGAGAGAAUGAUUAAAGAGAAACUGAACAGGAUAGAAACAAAAGAAACGCCUCAAAAUUGCAACCGUAUCCCGUCAGCCGCUCCAGAGACAGUACCAAGAUUCAAAAGUAGUAAUAGCGAAAAGUUCUCGCCGAAAGUGGAUCCUUGUGACCCGGCAACUUUGUCAAAGGGCGCGCCGUCGUUUCCGCGAGUCCAGCAGCACGGCGGCGAGAACAGGACUCCGGGGAAGAGUAAGUCGGGCAAGGUGAGGGGAAAGGGGAAGAAGACCCAGGAGGAUGAUCGUCUGACCGCACCCGUCAGAAAACUGUGGUACGAGGCCCGCAGUCCCGAAGGAUACACUUACUAUUGGCACAUUGAAACGAACGAGUCGAUGUGGGAGCCGCCGGAGGAGGGUUACAUGACUUUCGCGGAGCAAGAAGAGGAGGCGAAGGAGGAAUUGCUCCAGAAAGAGCUCAUGGAACAAUUGGAUAAGGAGGAAGCUAUCGAGAAGGCGGAUAUUCUCGAGGAGCAGCGGGCCAACGUCGAGAGGGAGAAGAUGAGAGAGUUGAGGAAACGACCCGUUGAAAACGACGACGCCCAAGAUGACGGUGAAAGCGCGGAAAUAAAGAAAGAGGCAUUUGAAGAAGAACGACCUUACCGGCGAGACUACAGUGUGCCCGAGAGACCGCAGCCUUACGGAUCCUGGCAAGUCGUGGAGACAAGCAACAAGAAACCAGUGGAUCUACAGUUGCCAAAGCAGCAGAAGCAGAUACAGCUACCCACGUUUACGAAGGCAGAACCACCGCCACUACAGAGGACUUUUAAAGAAAAAACUAUUACGCAAAUUAGUACGGGUGAUAGUGACGACGAAGGAGCGGCCACUACUUUUAAAAAGAGAAAGAUCGGUAACAAAAACGUGCGCAAAAGAACGACUGACGAUUGAUAAUUUAUUUGUGGAAAGUGAGAAAAUCCUCUAUCCUUUGAUUUUUAUCUAAGGUAUUUUUUGAUUAUGCAUGGACAAUUAAACAUCAUUAAAUUAGUAAUACUUAUGGAGUCGUCAUAAGUUCGCAUUUAUAUUAUAACUUUAGAGUCCUUGUUUAUACAUAUAUUACUGCAGAAGUAUGUAAAUAGGAAUAUCGUGUCAUCUACUUAAAUGUGUGUAUUUCUAAAUAAAUACACACAUUGAUAUAAGUGUAAAUAAAAAAUUCUAUUUUAUAUAAAAAUUAUGGUUCUAU